GCGUGGUCUCAGCUUACAUCAGGAGCACAGACAGCAGCAGCAGUUCACGUAAAGUGACCGAGACUAUUGUGGCUGUUAGAAAUAUCCAGGCAGAAACAUGUCGGUGGCGUGUCUGAGUAGAAAUGUUUUGGCUUUUAGGAAUUCUAGUAUGAUGGUGAUGGUGCGUCAUGCUCAGACUGCAGCUGCUCCGGCUCCUGAACCCAGGAUCAAAAAGUUCCAGGUUUACCGCUGGGACCCCGACAAACCCGGAGACAAACCACGAAUGCAGACGUAUGAAAUCGAUCUCAACACCUGUGGGCCGAUGGUUCUGGAUGCCCUCAUUAAGAUCAAGAAUGAAAUAGACCCCACGCUCACAUUCAGACGUUCCUGCCGUGAGGGUAUCUGCGGCUCAUGUGCCAUGAAUAUAAAUGGAGGAAACACGCUGGCGUGCCUCAACAAGAUCGACACCAACACUAGCAAACCCACCAAAAUCUACCCGCUUCCACACAUGUAUGUCGUCAAAGAUCUUGUGCCUGAUAUGAGCAACUUCUACGCGCAGUACAAAUCCAUUGAGCCCUACCUGAAAAAGAAAGAUGAAUCUCAGGAGGGGAAGGAGCAGUAUUUCCAGUCAGUGGAGGACAGACAGAAGCUGGAUGGCCUGUACGAGUGCAUCCUUUGUGCCUGCUGCAGCACCAGCUGUCCCAGCUACUGGUGGAAUGGAGACAAAUAUCUGGGACCUGCUGUCCUCAUGCAGGCAUACCGGUGGAUGAUUGACUCCCGUGAUGAAUUCACAGAGGAUCGCCUGUCUAAACUUCAGGACCCCUUCUCACUGUACCGCUGCCACACUAUCAUGAACUGCACUAAGACUUGUCCCAAGGGACUCAACCCGGGAAAGGCCAUCGCGGAGAUCAAGAAAAUGAUGGCGACUUACAAAGAGAAGAAAGCAGCAGCUUCAUGAGCGUGUGAAUAUGAAACUGGUUCAAGAUCCACUGAGAAUACCUCAAACUAAGGAGGCCAGCUGUAAACCUUGCUUAAAACUGUACAUUUUGUGCUCUUGAUGAGUGUCGUAUGUGUUUGAGUCCAAGUGUGUUUAAGUGAACAGGAAGAUGGAAAUUCUGAGAAAAGGACGCUAGAAAUCCCGUACAAGUGUUGCAACAUGUUGGACUACAGUUCUGCUUUUUGCAUGCUGUACUACAUUUGCUUGAAAUUUAAUCAGAUUGUUAAUAUUUAUAUGAUUAAUCAUUAAACUCGAGUAAAGCUUGAUAUGGAGGCUAUGCUUGUAUGCUGAUCACCUUCGCAACUUGCAAUCCAAUACUGAAGGAUAAUGAGAUGAAAACAUAUCAGAUGUUUUGUCACAGUGAGAUAAUUUUCUGCUUAUGGCAAAGAAGAAGAAAUAACUUACACCUGUUGUCAUAAUGACAACAAGCGCUACCUGAAUUCUAAAUUUUGAUGUCCUACACCUACAAGCUGCCCAACAACUACAGGGCUGCGUGUGUUAUUGGUCUGUAGUAAGCUGAUUUCACUGUAAACAAGUACAUUUUUUUGGGACCAUAAAUCCAACUCAUUCUUAGCAGAAUGAGUAGUGGUAAAAUGUAA